CAACGUGGAUUCUUGUGAGAUCAGCAGUGCCUCGUGCAGCGUCUGCUUGGUGUUGACGUUCGGAAGAUCUUGCUCCGGAGCGCGCGCUGUUGUUGCAAACAGCGUUCGCAGCAUUAUCUCUGGAGUACGUGAAAAGCGUCGAGUCACUCCAUUCGACCGUUCGGCAGAAAAAAUUGCAAAUAUCCGUUAACAGCCGGCCAAAAUCCAGGAAAAUAUGCGUCUCAAUGUGGAUACUGUACCGGGAGUCAUAAAUCAGGUAUUUCAAAACAAAGAACCAUGGCAAAUAGUGACUAUGACGAGUACAGCCACCCUUGGUAUAAUAUGGCUGUGGACCUUUAUCCAUCAGGAUGAGAGUCUUCUGGAACGUGCCAAGAAACAGCUGUUUAGACUAGCUCGUUAUAUUCCCUCUGUACGUGACAAGAUAAAGGAGGAGCUAGGUAGUGUUAAUGAAAACUUUGAAAAGGAAUUUCUACGCAGAGUCAAGGGCACUACGUUCAUUGUGGAGCUUCCCAAAGAUGGAUUAGAAAUUGAUAACAUAUUGAAUUUAAUAAAUCAAAAUGUUCAUCUAGGUGACUAUGAUUGGAAAGGAGGUCGUGUAUCAGGUGCAGUUUACAGAAGUAAUGACGAGCUCGCAGAACUCAUGGGAAAGGUAUACGCGGCUGCAUCGUAUACCAAUCCAUUACAUCCCGAUGUUUUUCCUGGAAUUUGCAAAAUGGAAGCAGAAGUGGUUAGGAUAGCCUGCCACUUGUUCAAUGGAGACGAAGCAUCUUGUGGAACUAUGACCACGGGGGGUACAGAGUCGAUUUUAUUAGCAUGUAAAGCAUACAGAGAUUAUGCACGUGAUGUCAAAGGGAUAAAAAAGCCAGAGAUGGUGCUGCCAGUCACCGCUCAUGCGGCGUUCGACAAGGCGGCACAAUACUUGAACAUAAGGGUACGCUACGUACCUCUCAACAGGGAUAGCUGCACAGUUUGUAUCCACACUAUGAAAAAGUUAAUUUCGAGAAAUACGAUAAUGUUGGUGGGAUCUGCGCCGAAUUUCCCGUACGGAACGAUGGAUAAUAUAGAAGCCAUAUCUCAAUUGGGGGUAAAAUAUAAUAUACCCGUUCACGUGGAUGCUUGUCUAGGCGGUUUCCUAGCCUGUUUUAUGUCUGACGCUGGUUAUCCCUUGCCACCCUUUGACUUCAGCCUUCCCGGAAUAACUAGUAUAUCAGCUGAUACCCACAAGUAUGGAUAUGCUCCAAAGGGAAGUUCAUUAAUUCUAUAUCGAAACAAAAAAUAUCGUCAUUACCAAUAUACAAUUACAACAGAUUGGCCUGGUGGCAUAUACGGCUCUCCGACGAUAAAUGGAUCUCGAGCCGGUGGUAUCAUAGCCUCUUGCUGGGCCACAUUAAUGUAUUACGGAUAUGACGAAUACGUAAGGUCGACUAAAAGAAUCAUUGAAACUACGAGAUACAUCGAACAUAAGUUGAGAACUAUGGAUGGAAUUUUUAUAUUUGGCGCACCAGCCACAUCUGUCGUUGCAAUUGGCUCCAAGGAUUUCCACAUCUACAGACUGUCGGAAGCUCUUAGCGAUAAAGGCUGGAACUUAAACACGCUACAAUUUCCUUGCGGUAUACACAUAUGCAUUACACAUGUGCAUACUGAACCAGGAGUUGCCGAUCAAUUUUUAGAGGAUGUUCGUACGGAACUGAAAAUAAUUAUGGAAACUCCAGAUACUCCAGUACAAGGAAAGCUUGCAAUGUAUGGAAUGAGUCAAAGUAUUCCAGACCGAAGUGUGGUCGGUGAUCUUACAAAAGGCUUUUUGGAUUCCAUGUAUUUCACCAAAGGAAAUCAAACACAAGAAUGAUUCUACAUCUUCCAGAAAAAAUAUCAAAAACUUUGAUAUAUUAUCAAGAUAAAAAUAUAAAAUGCAUACAUUUUCCACCGACUGAAUAUGAAAUGCUCAAAGAAAUAUGUCGUAUAAAUAAUAUUUUUUUUUAUAUGUAAAUUUAUGUAAGACAUAUGUUAAACAUAUAUUUAAAUUAAUAUUUGUUGGUGAUAUGAGUAUAUUUGUAUUAAUUACAAAAUAAAAGACACCGAAGUGUAAUAGUCUCAAAUUGUCAAAUAAUCAACUAUUAGUGGUUAAUAAAAGUAACCAUGAUAAUUGAUGCAUGGAAUUCACAAUUUUAUUUAUUUAAAAACGUUUUUAAAUUAAUACAAUUGUUAAUUCCAUGCAUCAAUUAUCGCGAUUACUUUUAUUAGCCUAGUAACUGCGGUUAUUAGUGCCUAGAAUUAACAAUUUUAUUAAUUUAAAAACCUUCUAAAAUUAAUAAAAUUGUUAAUUCCAUGCGCCUAUUAUCGCUGUUACUCUUAUUAAUCCACUAAUAUUGAUUACUUGAUAUUUGUAUUAAUUUAUAAAGAA